CAAACAUCAUAUACCUUGACUCCCCUGCUGGUGUUGGGAUGUCAUACUCGUCGAACAAAUCGGAUUACACAACAGGUGACAUGAAAACCGCAGCUGAUGCGCAUACCUUCCUUCUCAAGUGGUUCGAGUUAUACACCGAGCUCCAGUCGAACCCAUUCUACAUUUCCGGAGAGUCAUAUGCAGGGAUCUACAUUCCUACACUAGCUGAUGAAGUUGUUAAAGGGACACAAAAGGAUCUGCAGCCAAGAAUUAAUCUGAAGGGCUAUCUGAUUGGUAAUGGAGCAACUGACAUGGGCUACGAUUACAACUCUUUCGUGCCGUUUGCACAUGGGAUGGGUCUCAUCUCAACCGAAUUUUUUGAGAAUGUCAGUGCUGCUUGCCAUGGCACAUUCUGGGGAGAAGUUAACGAUGUUUGCCAAGAAAAGAUAGAUCGAGUGCGUUGGGAACUGAAAGACCUGAACCAGUACAACAUUCUUGCACCAUGCUAUCACCACCCUGAAAUCCAAGAGGUAGUUUUCGUGAACAGCAGCUUGCCAGCAAGCUUCAGAAAGCUAGGUGAGACCGAGAGGCCUUUCCCCGUGAGGAAGAGGAUGGCGGGUCGUUCAUGGCCUCUCCGCCUUGCUGUGAGCAAUGGACGUGUUCCCAUGUGGCCUAAGCUUACUGGUAGAUCACUUCCAUGCAUGAGUGACGAACUCGCGACCAUAUGGCUGGAUGAUGAAGAUGUAAGAGCUGCCAUUCACGCCAAACCGAAAAGCGUAAUUGGAUCAUGGGAAUUGAAUACUGCAAGAAUAGACUACACUCAUGAGGCAGGCAGCAUGCUGAAGUAUCACAAAAUGUUUACAGCUAUGGGAUAUCGAGUACUUAUUUACAGUGGAGAUCAUGAUCUUUGUAUCCCUUUCACCGGAACGGAGGCAUGGGUCAGAUCAUUAGGCUACGGAGUUGUUGAUUCAUGGCGAUCAUGGUACUUUGGAGGGCAAGUUGCUGGAUAUACACAAGGUUAUGAUCACAAUCUUACCUUCCUCACCAUAAAGGGAUCUGGACACACUGUUCCUGAGUACAAGCCAAAAGAAUCUCUGGCGUUCUACACCCGCUGGUUGUCUGGAGAAAAGAUCUAAAUUGAUCGACCUCGCAUCAGUCUAUGCGCACAACCAUCUUUAUUUCAUACUGGUCUUUCUUUUUGUAUAUCUUGAUAAUGACACUGCCUUUUUCAAUGUCAAACCCAAUAAAAAUUAAAGA